AUGGGUGGCCCCUUCCCCGGCCUCAGGCACCUGUCGCUGCGCCACCCGCCCCUGCAGAACGACGCCGCCGUCGCGACCCUUCUUGCCCACGGGAAUGGCCUGACGUGGGCGCAAGCCGCGCCGGUGGUGGUCGACCUCUUCGUGCGUCCGUCCCUGACGCUUGCCGUCUGCGGCUGCUUCCGCCGCGAGCUGCUGAGAUUGGUGGUGUCUCUUGGGGAGCUUGGUGGAUCGGAGGGGAGGCAGGGGAGGUCGCUUUCGACCGUCGCGGUCGGCGUUGCGCUUCUGAGGGCCGUCGAGGCUGCCCCGCGAAUUCGAAGGGUCGUCCUGCAACAUUUUCUGGAGACUCCAUGCCCACUGGAUUCAAUCUCAGGGGGCGUUCUGCCAGAUGGCCUCACGGACCUGGAGGUGGCGCGUGCGUGCCUGAGAGGAGUCAGGGCUGUUCCGGAGCUGGGGCAGUGCUGGGGCCCGAGCUGGUUUGUCAGAUUGUUGAAACACGAGGUGGCAGAUGUCAGGUGGUGCUGUGUGGAGGCCAUUUCUCACAUACGGCAACUGACUGAUUACAACAGGGAGAGAUUGGCACAUCUAGUUCUGACUGAAGAGGAGACCCUGGGGUGUUUGUUGAGGUAA